GAAUAACAUUCUUAUAGUUAAACUUCGUUACUAUCGAUAACUUCCCAUAUUUCCCGUUUUAAUUAAAUCCGUUCUAUUUAUUGUUAUUUCGCUUGCUUACGAAAUGCAGGCAGAUUGUACGGCCGAUAUCCAUCUGGAGGCGAUAGAGGUUCUUCUGAAUCACAUCCUAUACGUUAGGGGUAUAUACCCCUCGCAGAUAUUUAAAAAGAGGAGGGUGUACAACACACCGGUCUUUGUUUCUAUUUUUCCGCCACUUAACAAUUACCUGGCCGGCGUUUUAAAAUCCGCUCGGGAAUUGCUCAUCCGCCACGAGUUGCAGUGCCUUGCGCUGAUAGUGUACCAGAAGGAGAACGAGCCGCUGGAGAGCUACCAAAUCCAAACGGAAUUGCUGGGGGAAGAUGGCCACGCCACAGCAGAGGAUCCUCACCUGAUAGAGUUUGAGCAGCAACUGCGCUCAGCCAUUUACAAACUAUCCGAACGGGUGAAGCCGUUACCCAAACUGCCUCCAGGAAACUGCCAGUUUAAAAUCCACCUGCACACCACACAGGAUGCAUUUAUACGCUUCAGCCACGAAUCCCAGUACCAGGAGUUUCCCUGGUUGCAGACUCAAAGUCCAGGACGACACUCCUCAUCGCAAGCCUUUUCCCUGCUUCCCUUGGCCACGGUGAAAAAUGUCGGAUUGAAAAUGCAGGCGUUCAUCUUCAGCUGAUAUAUGUUUGAGGUUCGCAAUAAUUUAAUCAUUAAAUCAGACAGUUUACAA